UGCCACAGUCUAAACUUGUAAAUGGCUCAGUGAAGAGCAAAGUGAUUUGGCUCCACUCAUCAGCAGGGUGAUUUAUUAAGACUUCACACUGAAGAGUUUGAAUAUGCCAGACAGUCACCAUGAGCUUGACCUACAACAGCACAGCGUCCAGCUUGAUUUUAAGCUCCAGCAAUAGAAUCAAGGCCUAUCAGGACACAGGUUUUCUUCACGAAAAUAAGUGGAGUGACCCAUUUAACCCCACCGAGAAUGGUUCCUUUCCUGGAGAAGACUCAGCCCUGCAGCUGUCACAAAAUGCUACCCCAAUUCCCAAAUCUUCUUUUGAUCCACUAGGUGGGCAUACAGUUUGGCAGGUGGUCCUAAUUGCCUUUCUCACUGGCAGCUUAUCCCUGGUAACCAUAAUCGGAAACAUCCUGGUACUGUUGUCUUUCAAGGUCAACAAGCAGCUAAAGACAGUGAAUAAUUAUUUCCUCCUCAGUCUUGCUUUUGCGGAUUUAAUCAUUGGUGUCAUUUCAAUGAACCUUUAUACGACUUACAUCAUUAUGGACAAGUGGGCCUUAGGAGGCUUAGCAUGUGAUUUGUGGUUAGCCAUUGACUACGUUGCCAGUAAUGCCUCAGUCAUGAAUCUUUUAGUAAUAAGCUUUGACAGAUACUUUUCUGUUACCAGGCCACUUACUUACAGAGCAAAGAGAACAACAAAACGAGCAGGAAUCAUGAUAGGACUGGCCUGGUCAGUCUCCUUUAUUCUUUGGGCACCUGCCAUUUUAUUUUGGCAAUACUUUGUUGGGAAACGCACAGUUCCUGCGGAUCAGUGCUUCAUUCCAUUUCUCUCGGAGCCUAUUAUCACAUUCUGUACUGCAAUAGCUGCCUUUUAUUUGCCUGUUACCAUCAUGACAAUACUGUACUGGAGGAUUUACAAAGAAACUGAAAAACGAACCAAAGAGCUGGCCGGGUUGCAGGCUUCUGGUAGUGACGCCGAAACAGCCCAGUUUGUCCACCAGACUGGUAGCUCUAGGAGUUGUAGCAGUUACGAGCUGACCCAGUCCUCUGUGAGGAGACCAUCUAGGAGAAAGAGAAGUCGAUUUCACUUGUGGCCAGUGGUGAAGUCUUUUAAGUCCAGCCCUGAGGCAGACCAGGAUCAGAGCAGUAGUGACAGCUGGAAUAACAACGAUGCAGCUGCCUCCUUGGACCAGUCAGGUUCUUCUGAUGAAGAGGAGAUACCUGAAACAAGAGCUAUUUACUCAAUUGUAUUGAAACUUCCAGGCCUCAGAGAGGCCAUGAACUCUCAUCUGGCUUCUUCCGAAGAUAUGGAUAUGUCCGAAGAUGACCACCGCAGGCUUAAUGUAGGUAGCAAACAACGAAUGUCCAGGAAAGAAAAGAAUGAAAAAGUAGAGAAUAGUUACCACCAGUGCUUUACCAAGAUGCCAAUGGAGUCAAUGCCAGCUAUCGAUGUGCCCAAACCAUCAGAUACCAUGGCCUCAGCAGCGAAGACCACUUCCAUGCCCAUCUCUUUCAAAGAAGCAGCAAUGGCCAAACGCUUUGCCGCGAGAGCACGAACACAAAUUACAAAGCGCAAAAGGAUGUCACUUGUGAAAGAGAAGAAAGCUGCACAGACGCUUAGCGCUAUUCUUUUUGCCUUCAUCAUUACAUGGACGCCAUACAACAUCAUUGUACUAGUGAACACAUUUUGUAACGAAUGUAUCCCCAAAACCUUAUGGGACCUGAGUUACUGGUUGUGCUAUGUGAACAGCACAGUAAACCCCAUGUGUUACGCCUUGUGCAAUAAAACAUUUCGAACAACUUUCAAAAUGAUAUUGCUGUGUCAGUGGGACAAAAAAAAGCGCCGUAAGCAGCAAUUUCAGCAGAGGCAGUCUGUCAUUUUCCGUAAAAAUAUGCCUCAGGAUUCUUAAAGGUUCUUUUGUAGAGCAGAAGAGAUGAUCACUUGUAUGUCCAUCAAUCUCAGGCCUUCAUCCAGAAACAGUUGAUUAAUUCAUCUUUUAAAGUUGAUUAUGUUUUCUCUCAUUUUAUACCCAAAGCAAGUUCAACAUUUUCCCUGGGACUGAAAUAUACAAAAUUGUGUUCAUGGUAAGAUUUACAGUGUGUAAGGCACUACAGAGAAAAGGGCUUUCAAAAUUGAAAAAGAAUGAAUGCUAUUAAUAAGGAGAAAAAAAUAGCGUAAUACCAAAAUCCCCUAAAUUUGAACUUUUUACAUUCCUGUACAUUAUAUGCUUUGAAUCUUAUCUCCUAUAAAAAGAUGUCCCUUAUCUCCCCUUAGUGGUUCCACCUACUCUGUAGCGAGAAGCUGCCAGUUUCUUUAGGACCCCAGCCUUUCUAUCAUUAGAUUUUUAAACCAGCCAAUACAAAUGAAAAUACUGAGCCAACUAUCCAUUUCAGUAUUUUUUAAACAUCCAGUGUUCUAAAUGUAUGAAAAUAUUGUAAAUCUAGAUGUCCCAAAAACUACCUUUGUUUGCAAAAUUUGGUUUAUCCGUGUUGUGAAUACAGAGAUGGUACACACAUGUCGCUUUUGUAUUCAGUGUGGGAUGCUGUUUACAUGGUUUAGAGAAAUGUGUAAAGUAUUUUAA